AUGAGUGAUGCGGAUGAUUUGUUCCCCGCAUUCUGCAUCGGGCAACAUGAGACAGAUCGUGUCUUGCCCAUCACGACUCAGAUCGUGCAGAGGGCACAUGAAAGCAAUUAUGAUAUGCUCACGUAUCCGGUGACGACGUCGCAUUUCCAUACCCGCGUUCUCUCCGUGUUAUCGUCUCAUCUAGCGACGCUGGACAAGCCAACGCUUGAUGCUAGUGGCACCAUGGGCACGACGCAGAAUACCAAGUUCCCUGUGAUCCCUCCGUUGUCGACGGCGGACACGCAUCUCAGCCCGAACGAAGCAAUGAGCCAGUUGGUUGGGGUGACCAGCAGCUGGAUUGAUCUGUGCUCUCCGGACCCGUUGAUCGCGGAUCUGUCUCGGCAGGUACUCAUGAUGGAAGUCGCCUAUGCCGCCUUCUGUGGCCUUGGAUACUUACUCAUUCCCGGGCCGAAGUUACAUCAUGGAGGCAUGCACUCGGAUGGCGUGGCCUACUAUGCCCGAGUGAUCCAAGACGCCCUGGCUACCGGCCCCUAUAUCCACUUCCAUAUCUGGCUGAAGAUGGUCGACAAUGUAGAUCUCGAGGUCGAUCAGAUGGGAGACUUGGCCCCGUUGGCACGGAAGGAGUUUCUUCUAGAUGCGGACAACAACGAACAGUCUCCUAAGAUAGAUCCGUUUGGAACUUGGGAUGCCUGGGACGUCAUCCGGAGAACCUGUAAAUACCAUUCCAGACUUGUCGUAGCACUAUGUUUGCCAAAGCAUCUGCCUCAGCCAUCCGUUCAAUCGCGAUGGCACUCAGAACCGGUUCGUCUCCUCACGGUCGACGCGGGGACAUUCAUCAAAAACCAAAAGGGGUAUCCGGUCCUUUCCAAGGGCCAUCAAUCCCUGAUUUCCCGGCUCAUGCGUCUUCGAACGCCGCCGUGGAUCAUCCUCUGUGACAUUGGGCCCAUUCCUGGCGUGGAAGGUAGCGAAGACGCCGAAGGCGACCGCGGGGCAGCGACGGCAGAGUUCCCCAGCCUGGCCCAGGCUGUGAGCUCGAAUAAGAAGCACCACGAUCCAACCCCUCACCUGUCAUACAUGCGGAACCUGCAGCAGAAACAACCGCCGCGGACAGCCAUCGAACGGUUUGGCGUUGGCUACCAGGACUACCUGCAGGCCCCGCUGCAGCCGCUGACAGUGAACCUGGAGAGCAUCACCUACGAGGUUUUCGAAAAGGAUCCCAUCAAGUAUGAAUGGUACGAGCGCGCGGUCGCCCAAGCCCUGACCGACUGGGCGGCGCAGAAGAAGCCGACGUCGAAUCCCGAUGGCCGGGUAGUCGUUGCCGUCGUCGGCGCCGGGCGAGGGCCCCUGGUGACCCGCGCGCUGCGCGCCAGCGCGCAGACAGGCGUCGCCAUUGACAUCUGGGUAGUGGAGAAGAACCAGAACGCGUUUGUGCUGCUGCAGCGACACAACCAGACUAUCUGGGAGGGCAAGGUGAACCUGGUACAUUCGGACAUGCGCAGCUGGAGGGGCCCAGAAAGAAAGCAAGCCCCAAACAACGAAGAAGGAGAAACAACCCCUACCACGCAUUCUACCGUCGACAUCCUCAUCUCCGAGCUGCUAGGAUCCUUUGCCGACAACGAGCUUUCACCGGAAUGCCUGGACGGCGUGACGCAUCUGCUGCAUCCGACGCAUGGAAUCUCCAUCCCAGCCUCAUACACGGCGCAUCUGAGCCCGAUCUCCGCGCCGAAGCUCCACGCGGACGUCAUGUCGCAGUCUGUGUCGAACCCUGCAGCGCCCGAGACACCCUACGUGGUGAUGCUGCACGCGAUAGACUUUCUCAGCACCAACGCCAGCACCAACACCAGUACCAAUCCCCCCAGCGACCCCGUCCCCCUGAUCCAGACAGCCUGGCAAUUCGCCCAUCCAAACCGCGACAUCCCCGCGCCAUCCCAUCACAGCCUCUCGAACAGCCACAACGUCCGACACACACGCCUGGUGUUUCCCUGUCCGGACCGGGGCGUGUGCCACGGUCUAGCAGGCUACUUCGAGACAGUCCUCUACAAGAAUGUAGAACUCUCGACCAACCCGGUCACCAUGGAGGCCAAGAGUGCCAACAUGAUCAGCUGGUUUCCAAUCUAUUUCCCAUUAAAGAACCCGCUCAAUGUCCCCGACAACAGCGAGGUGAUAGUCACCAUGUUCCGACAAACGGACAACCGAAAAGUCUGGUACGAGUGGAUGGUUGAGGUGCGGUGCGGCAAGAUGCGCGUGGGGAUAAGCGAUUUGCACUCGAGCAUCAAGGAAGGGUGUUUGAUGUAG